AGAGAUACAUAAAAGGAUGAGCUUAACCAGCAUUGUAGUCCUUGUAAGAUGAAGAGAAGCACAAUGGACCUAGUUUCCUUCCCUUUGGUUCUUCUUCUACUUCAGUCUGUCAUUGCACACCCUCUUCAGGAACAUACAGUUGAUGUGGAUGGUGGAAAAGACAUUGACAUUUUUGACAUCAACGAAGAAUUAGACCUGAACCUUUUUGAAGGGGACAUCAAACUUCAGCCAAAUGACAGGAACUCAAUUAUCGGGGACCAGUACCGAUGGCCAAUACCAGUUCCGUACUACUUAGAGCAUAGUUUGGAGAUAAACGCUAAAGCUCUUGUCUUGGAAGCCUUUGAGCGUUACAGAUUGAAAACUUGCAUUGAAUUUAAACCCUGGGAGGGAGAGCCGAACUACAUCUCUGUGUUCAAGGAAAGUGGAUGUUGGUCAUACGUCGGAAACUUAAGAAGAGGAAAGCAGCAACUUUCUCUUGGAGCCAAUUGUGACAGAAUAGCUACCAUUCAGCAUGAGUUUCUCCAUGCUCUGGGUUUCUGGCAUGAGCAGUCACGUAGCGACAGGGAUGAUUAUGUAACUAUAAUGUGGGACAGGAUACAGGCUGGAAGUCAGGGAAAUUUCAACAAAUAUGAUGACAAACGGUCCAGUUCCUUAAAUGUCCCAUAUGAUUACACAUCAGUUAUGCACUACAGUAAGACUGGCUUUCAGAUUGGUAACGAGCCAACCAUUGUAACUCGCAUAGAAGCAUUCAGCGACGUGAUUGGACAAAGGAUGGAUUUCAGUGACUACGAUCUGGAAAAACUUAAUCGAUUGUACAACUGCUCUAACUUCAUCAGUUUCUUGGACACAUGUGAUUUUGAGUAUAACAACAUCUGUGGAAUGAUACAAGGUACAGGAGAUAAUGGUGACUGGCAGCAUGUUCUUCAAGUGUCUAAUGGUCCUAGCACUGAUCACACAAACAUGGGGGACUGCAAGGAUAGCGGUCAUUUUAUGCACUUUAAUCCAAGCUCACUAAAUGCUGGGGGUAGUGCAUUGCUUGAAAGCCGACUUUUUUACCCAAAGAGAGGAUUUCAGUGCUUGGAAUUCUUUUAUUACCACAAUGGGCAUGAAAGUGACCAACUCAAAAUCUGGAUCCGUGAAUACACAGAAACUUCACCAAAUGGCACUUUGACAUACAUCACCACUGUUAAUGGUCAGCCAGCCGACUACUGGCAGCUGUAUCAUGUCUCUUUAUCAACCAGUAACAAGUUCCGUGUAGUCUUUGAAGGAGUCAAAGGCAUUGGAACCUCGAAUGGAGGAAUUUCAAUUGAUGACAUCAAUUUCUCAGAGGCAAAGUGUCCACAUCAUAUCUGGCAUAUCAGAAACUUCACUAACCAGCUGAACAGUGAAAAUAAGGUUCUUUUCAGUCCAGCAUACUAUUCCAAGGAUGGUUAUGCCUUUCAAGUACAACUUGUAGCCAACAGCUCAGGAGCCCUGCUCUAUGACCUAGGGAUAUAUUUCCAUCUCAUCUCUGGGGAGAAUGAUAACAGACUGCAAUGGCCAUGUUCUCUCAGACAGGCAACAAUGACACUCAUGGAUCAAAACCCAGAUAUUCGAAAGCGCAUGUCAAAUCUGAGGAGCAUUACAACAGAUCCCUAUCGCCUCACAACUGGUGAUAGAUAUUUCUGGGAUAAACCUGAGAUUGUUGGGAAUCGUGUUACCUUUCCUAAUGGAACACAGUAUUACCGUGGACCAGGACUUGGAACUUCAGCAUAUAUCACACAUGGCAGAGUUCAAAGCAGAGAUUUUCUCAAAGGGGGAGAUGCGUUUAUGUUGUUAUCAGUUGAAGAUGUCACAUCUCUAAAUACCACUCAGCCGAUACCUCCAUCCACUUCUCCACCAAUAACAUCUACAACUGGGACAAACACAAUAACAUCUACAACUGGAACAAACACAAUAACAUCUACAACCGGAACAAACACAAUAACAUCUACAACUGGAACAAACACAACAACAGUAUCAGGGAUGACAUUGACAACAGUUAAGCCAGGGACUGAACCCUGUGUUAACCAUGACUGUAAAAAUGGUGGUGUCUGUGCCAUUGAAGAAAAUAAGCCAGUUUGCAGAUGCAAAGUAACUAAAGACUGGUGGUAUGUUGGAGACAAUUGUGAAACCAAAGUUUCCAGCCAAGACACAGUUGUGAUUGCCGUAUCAUCAUCAGUGACUAUUUUUGUAGUAAUGUUAAUAAUCACCCUUGUUACUGUGUUCUGCCUUAAGAAGAAGCACAAAAAGCUAAUAAAUGCCCCUAAUAUGAAUUUUACUAAUAAUAAAUCCCAGUUUUGAACAAAGGAUCGGAAUCAUAACAGUCACACUUUGCUGCAACCUUAGUUCAUCGAUAAAAUAAACAUUAGAAUCAU